AUGUAUGCAUCUAGCAGCAGCAACUGUUUCGCGGGCAUUAGCAACUUUAAGGAAUUGCGAUACACCACAACACCAUCGAACAAAACCGGUUCGCUCGGGGAGGAACUGGAAACUACAAACCACAGUGCCACCACAUCGAUAGUUGCAUUACAUUUCGCAUCCACCAGCACCACAACCACUACCUCGUCCCAACAUGAUGUAUCGGCGGACGGUUCCAAACAACCGAGCGACGCUACAAUGGUACCGAUUGAGCCGUGCAACGGUUCGGAAGAUGCGGUCCCGCCCGAGAUGCCGACAUCACCGGAGCAGUCCGGUUGCACCGAGUUCGCACCGAGCACGACGGAUCAACCGGCACCGAAUGCCGUCCCAUCUGGCCGUUUGCCCAAACAAUCCCGCAAGGAAAGCGUGCGCGGUUGUUCGUUUUCGCUGCCGGCCGAAGAGCUGCUCGGUUCGGUGACCACCUUCUACCCGUCGGGCGAUCUGGAGAAUGGGCAAACGUUGCGCACUAGCGCGCGGGUGAAGCACAAGUUGCGGAUGGAAACGAUACGCAGCAAUACGCCACCGCUGGCAGAGCGGAAGGAACCGGCGAAACCACCCACCUCUUCGCUGCUAAAAACACCGAACCAGCCGAAACAGAUGCGCGUCGUCUGGAGCAACCAUGACAAAAACCUGUUCUUCGAAGCGCUGAACGAGUACGGGAAGGAUUUCGAAGCGAUCCUCAACUAUCUGAACACGAAGAAGCGCCGAAAGGACAACACGGAACAGCAGGUGUUUAAAUCGAAGGACGUGCGCAACCUGUACUACCAGUUCAAUCAAAAGGCGAUGAAGUAUAUACACUUUUCCGACGAGGUAAAGAAGGAAGCUCAAGAACUGUAUGCAUUGAUCAACUACGGUGAGAUGCGCCGGAAGGUGCCGUUCCAGAACAAAAAGUACUUUCACAAGCUGAAGGAUCUCGUCUACAAGGGCUUCACCACUGUGCGCGAGAAGGGUAAAAACAUUCGUAUCAAAACGCCCUCGUGCCGGGCGCUUCGGAAGCUAAACCAGCUCGAGGAAUGGCAGGAAGAGAUCAAGUUACCACCCAAGGUGGAUGUACUACUGAAGCCCUCCACCACCGAGGCCUGGGGACGGGUACAGUCGCUGGCGCAGAAUCCACGUGUGCACAUCACCGUCACGAUACAGAAACGGUUGUCCGCGUUGCUGCAGAUGUUUCAGCAGAAAUGGCGUGCCCAGGACGUGCGGCUGGUGGAACGAUUGGAUGAGCUGAACCGCACCUCCACGACCAUUUCGUCGAAGCUAACGCGCCAGCGCAUGCAGCACGAGAUACAACUGUUUACGCCGCCAGAUACGAAAGAGGGUGCGGUAAAGAGCGGUGCGCCGAUUUUACGGUUCAUACCGGCGCAGAACGCCGUCAUUCAUCGGCCGAUGAUCAGCCUGACGGACUUUCAGAGCAACACCAGCAUCUGUCUGAACUCGUACGAGCAGCGAAUCGGGGUGAAGGUGCCGGGCGAAACGCUGUGCGUGGUGGAGAAACCGACCGGUUGCAAGGAAAGACCCACGGGCACUGGUCGGCGACAGCGCACGGACAGCGGUUCGGAAAAGGUGGUCAACGAAAGCAAGAAGCCAAAGUACGAAGACGGCGCCAAGGAGCCGAACGAGGAGAAACCGUUCGGUGAGUUGCAGCUGCUGGCACAGAACGGUCCCUUUACCGAGCACUUUAAAUCACCCAACGCCUCGAACGAGUCGACCGAGAUGAAGGACUUUCUUCGAUUCGAUGGGCACCAAUACGCCCCGUCAAAGCCAACCGACUGUGAUGCGCUUGUCGCACGGCAAAGUGACAACUCCUGCGAUGGGUUUGCGCUGACCGACGGUGAGAUAGUGCCGGUCGCCCGAUAUCAACCCGAUACGGCCGAAAGUUCGGCGGGUGAGGAAGCGAUGAAGGGAAGCGGUACCAAUGGAUUGACCACCAGCACGACGACGACCACCACCAUCACAAACACGACCGUCACCACCAGUACCACCACCACCACGAUCGUGACGGUGAAGAAGAAGAAAAAGUGCCACCGACGGAAGGGUGACGCUGGAAAAUCGAACUCGACCCCACCCUCGAUGAACCACUUCCGGCCGCUCGUGUCGGAGGAACAAAUGCAACGGAUACGGGACGGGUGGACGCUGGAUACUGUGGGAGAUCUCACGGUGGGCGAUAUUUACAUCAUGUUCGGUGCGGAGAUGAAGGUGGAGCUCGAGUACGAUUGGGUGCGGGGCGAACCCGUCGUAACGCAAGAGGUGAAGGAGUGUCAACCAACACUUGCGCAGCCGGUGAUGGACGAUGCGGGCGAACAAGUUGCGGACGAAGCGAAACCGAAACAAACAAUUCCCGAGAUGGCCGGGGUGGAAACUGCCGGCGACAGGAUGGAAGAGGAUCCUGGGGUCAGCGUGAAGGAAGAGGUGAAGGAACAGCGUCGAUGUCCGGUCGAUUCUAUCAGCCGUCGGCUCAAGAGUCUGUUGUUUCUAGCGAGUCUGGAGAACAAGGACAUGAAGAAGCGUGUCACUAACGCUAAUGCGGCAGAACGCAAACCCAAGCGCACAGAAAAUGAAGCCAUACCAUUGACGCAGGACGACUGUUUGCAGUUCAAACAUCCAAUGCUGCCUGUGCGCAACCCCAUCAACCACCUAGUGCCGGACCUUCACGGUCCUUCCCGUUACAAGCAGUCACGCUGGUGGCGAUCACGGGUCAAUCGUCAGCAAGCAAUGCAUCCUUUACUUCCAAACAUGGUACGGCCACCACCGUCCGCUACAGUGACCUCAUCUGCCUAUUCUGCACGCGCAACGCAACCAGCGCCUUCGGUUUCGGUGACUCCGAGCGUCGGUGAGAGCAGUCGACCGGUCGUACCUCCCAGCCAGAAGGAACCCGCCAAUGUGCCGCCACAACCGGUCGAACCACCCAGCCAGAAGGAACCCGCCAAUGUGGCGCCACAACCGGUCGAACCACCCAGCCAGAAGGAACCCGCCAAUGUGCCGCCACAACCGGUCGCUGAUGAAAGCGUCAACAUGGCCAGUGCAUCAAGUAGUCCCAGCAUCAUCUCGAUACCGGGGGUCGAUAACUUGCCCAAUAACAAGAACAACAAUAAUAUCAAUCCAACGUCUUCCAACAUGCCCCGUAUCAGCCAAUCGUUUAAGCUGAAUACACCGGUCAAGCAACAGAAUAUGGAACUAUCGCUGAACGAUCUAAGCCUCAGCAUCUUUGACCUAUCGCUGCCAUCUACCUCAUCCUCCAUGAUGGCGACCCUGUUCUCCGAUGACGUACCGUCCGGCAGUGCAUUGUCCGCGGCGCUGCCCGACGAAAUCUGUGGCGAGAAAAUGGGCGACGAGAACCUGAACGAUCUGUCGCUGUCCGGGAUAUUGAGCAGCUUAGAACCGUUCCCGUCCCCUUGGCGGCCACCAAUCGAUCCGGAUGUGGAUAUGUCAAUGUUAAGCGAAAGCACCGUCGACUAUAUCGCACGCUUUCAGGACAUUGCGGAAGAGAUGCGGUCCCAACAGUAUCCCUAG